AUGUUUCUGGUUUGUCAAUACACAAGUUUACCGAAGGACACUGCAUCAUUGCAUAGGCAGGUUCAGAAUGCGCUGUCGAAGGCUACUGAAACCAAAACGCGCUCGCCGGCGCUUUAUGAAGUUUCUUUUCCAGCAGUUCGGGACACCACAGCUGCCUUGUCGAGGAUCCUAGACGCCAAUACUUCGCACGCGCGGGAAAUCAUCAAACCUUUCGCAGCUUCAUUUCGCAAGCGCCUGCACUUGGUGUUUCCGGACGUGGCCGAGGCCAAAAUAGCGGAAAAAGUCUAUGGAAGCAGUGAGCAUACGUUCACGCUCUCAGCACUGCCGCUGUACGAGAGGCCGGCGUUCCUGCAACAGGUCGAGGCGCCAGCACUUGUGUUCGUCGUCCAGCCCGGGUUUAACAUAGACGAAUGGCUACAACUGGAGCGACCAGCGUUGUUGUAUCCCGACGCAAGCAUCGUCGUCCUAAAUGGAAACAUGGACCGCCUCCGAAGCAACUACUAUCCACCUCUGUUUUAUCCACGGCUAACUGCCCUGCGCAAGCGUUAUCUUGAGCAAUUUGAGCCCAUAUACUACUUGAAGCCCUUACCAAAUGGUUUGCUUUUCCGAGUCUUUCCAGAACCUUGGCAGACAUUCUUCUGCGCAUCGCCUGGUGAGGCGACUCGGAUCGCAGUUGACGAUGAGCGCCCAACCUUUCCACAAACGACUCAGCGUCUCAUGGAGUUAUCGAGAGAGCAGAGGUGA